AUGGAGGAGCUUCGCGCGCGGGGGAACGCCCUCUUCUCCAGCGACCCACGUGCCGCGGCAGACUUGUACCAGCAGGCGCUCGGCGUGUACGAGCCACUGAGCGAUAAAUCGGGUGGAAUUGAGGAGUACACUAAGUGCGCCGGCAACGCCCUGACGUGUCUCUUUAAGCUGCACGAGUACGACGCAUGUGCGACGCUGGCAGUGAAGGUGCUAGCGGUGAAUCCGUUAAUCGCCAAGGCAUACGCCUUUCUUGGGAGAUGCCUGCUGCUGCGACCUGCCUUGGGCUUCCCGCGCCGUGCGGAACCGCUGCAGUACCUCUGCCGUGCCCUGCACCUGCUGCCGUCCAUGUGUGAGACUCUCUCUCCAUUCAUCGACGAGGCUCUCGACCGACUGCUACGCGAGCGCGACGCGCCGCCCAGCGAGGAGCCUUGCAUUGAGGUGCGACAAGGGGAGUGUGGGAAGUGUGUGGUGGCGGCUUCCGAGCUGCCUCCCCUGCUGGCGGUGAGCUCCACGCUGCGUCCCUUUUCCGUGGGCUCGUACGAGGAGACGGCGGGCAAAGGCCUGUGCGCACACUGUGGCGUGGUCCUCCUGCCUGACGACGGCGAGGAGCCCGCCGCGCGGCCGCAGACGUGCAGCCGGUGCCAGCUCGUGUCGUACUGCUCCGACGACUGUGCCAAUGGCCAUGGCCGGCAGCACGAGGCUUACGAAUGUCACUUGUUCGUUCGUCUGCAGGAGAUGCUGCUGGCGAUGCGGAGCCGUGAGGCGGAGGUGCCGGACGACCUCUUUGCCGUCGCCACGCACUGCAUCACCACCGUGGGUGGGAUAAAGGCGCGGAAGGAGGGACACGCGGCGGUGCUGCAACUGGAGGGGCACGCGGUGGAGGUGUCGCAGGGGCUGACGCCGCUCGUGCGCCUCGUGCAGGAUUUGUUUAGCGGAGAGGACCCCACGUUUGUCACCCGCAUCGUCGGCGCCGUGCGCUGCAACGCGCUGGAGGUCUGCGACGCCUCCGGCCUUCCGGUGGGGCAGGCGCUCCACGCGGCGAGCAUUACGUCCUACUUCAACCAUGCGUGUGCGCCGAACUGUGCGAUGGAGGCCGGCGCGAUCGCGACAACGCGGCACAUCCGCCCGGGCGAGGAGCUCACCAUCGCCUACCUGCCGCAGCUCUACUGGCCGUCGUGGCUGCGGCGUGAGGAGCUCGCCGAGCGGUACUUCUUUGACUGCCGAUGUGUGCGCUGCACUGAGGGGGACCGCGACCCGUUCGAAGCGGCGUUGGCGGCGACGCUCCGCCCGGGCAGCCGCGAAAAAGAACGCGAGUACAUUUCCUCCGUGCAGUUUCUCUGCAGCCGCGUGCGUGCCAAGCACGUGGGCGAGGUGGACGCGGCGGAUCGCGAUGCGCUGCUCCGGCUGCUGCGGGACUGUUGCCAGCACCUGUUUCCGUUUCACUACCUAUGCCAUGAGCUGCGUAAUGCGCUAAGCUUUGUGUACGCGGUGCUAGGCGACACGCACGCCUGUCUGCGAAGUUGUCUGAUGGAGUUGGUGCUGUGGGAGGCCAUUGUGCCUGGCGCCCACCCGGUGAAGCGGCUGAAGCUGCAGAACGCGCUGCGCUGUUGCACGGACGACGACGGCGGCGGCGGCAAGGAUGAUGGGAGUGACGGGUCGAUGCUUCCGCUGCGGCCGCUGCUAACAAAAUUUGCCACGCUGUACGAUGUCGUCUGCUGA